AUGCCUGUCCCCGACCGCGCCACCGCCUGCUCCGCUCCUCGCCUGCAGAUCCAGCAAAAGUUGAUUGCGGCGCUGUGCCUGGCCUUUGUGUUUAUGAUUGUGGAGGUGGUGGGGGGGCUCAUGGCGCAUUCUCUGGCUAUCAUCACCGACGCCGCGCACCUACUGUCUGACGUCAGCGGCUUUGCGGUGGCCGUGCUGGCGGCGGUCUGGGCCAAGCGCAAGUCCCAGGAGCACUUCAGCUACGGCUACCAUCGCGUGGAGGUGCUGGGCGCGCUGGCCUCCGUGAUGACGGUCUGGCUGGUCACCGGCCUGCUGCUGUUUGAGGCGAUCCAGCGGAUCAUCACGCCGGAGCCUGUGAACGGCAAACUGAUGUUCAUCAUCGCUGUGGUGGGCGUGGGCGUGAAUGUGGUCAUGCUGGCCAUCCUGGGGCACAACCAUGGCCCCGGAAGCAGCUGCAGCCACUCGCACGGGAAUGGGCACUCACACGACCACGGCCACAGCCACAGCCACGACCAUGGCGGCUGCAGCGGGCACGGGCACGGCGGCAGCAAGGCGGCCACCAAGCGCCAGCUGGGGCCGGCGGGUGCGCCCGCCAGCCACCACGCCUGCGCCCACGACCACGACCACCACCACGGCGGCGGCGGCGGCGGCAGCGUGCUGGCGCCCGCAGCAGCCAGCGGCGGCCACGACCACUCCAACAUGAACAUGCGUGGCGCCAUCAUCCACGUCAUCGGCGACUUUGUGCAGUCCAUAGGGGUGGCGGUGGCAGGCGCCCUCAUCUGGCUGCACCAGGACGACCCUCGCUGGUACAUCGCCGACCCCAUCUGCACCUUCAUGUUUGCCGGGCUGGUGCUGUGGACCACGCGCGCCAUCCUGCGCGACAUUGGCGACGUGCUGAUGGAGCGGGUGCCGCGCGGGCUGUGCAUCAAGACCAUACACGAUGACCUGUCGCGGGUGCGCGGCGUGGAGUCUGUGUCCGACCUGCACGUCUGGUCGCUGACCCCCGGCAUCCCGCUGCUGUGCGCCCACGUCAACCUGUCGUCGGAGGCGGACCCCACCGAGGUGCUGCACGCCCUCACCUCCCACUGCCGCUCCCUGGGCAUCGAGCACUCCACCAUCCAGCUCAUGUCCUGCGGGAUGGAGUGCGAAGUGUGCUAGCGGGGGCCCCGCCACGUGACCGCAGCAUCGCGCGCUGGCGCCUGCAGCCCAGCGAUGGCUGGGUCGCAGGGUCCCCGCCUCGGCAGCCUGGGCUGCCCUGCUGUGCCUAGCGCCCGCAGCACCGAUUUUUCGUUUCGCUGUUUACAAUAAGGGCGCAUGCCGGCAGCAUCAGUACUUUUCUUCCUUGAAGCCGUGCCCUGUUCCCAACGCAUGUCCUACUCCUGACCUAUAUUCCCUAACACUUGUCGUGCUCGCCCUCGCCUGCACCGCCAAACUGGUAGCUCAGCAUGCUGCUGGGUAGCGUGUCCUGCCUACGGUGCUUGUAACAACUCCUGACAUC